GGAGGUGAAAAUUCACCAGUACUACUACCACCGAGCAAACACACACCAAGCAAAGCGUCCGAGGAAAGUGCAAAGCGCAGCGUCCCCAUCAGCUGACGUGGUGAGCAGCAGCGGCAGGCAACCCAUGGAGGCAGUGCUGAUGCAGCGGGCGGCGGCGGCGCAGGCGAGGUGGGGGUGCGUCGGGGAGGCGGCGAUGGCGGGCGCCGGCCAGCAGUCGGCCGGCGUCGUCCGGCUCGGCGCGGCGCGGCGUGCCGCCGGUGGGGCCGUCCGGGCCAGCAGGCUGGGCCCCGUGCGGGCGCACGUCUCCGCCGAGCGGAGCAUGGAGGCUGCCGGCGAGGGGUUGGUGGUGGAGGAGGAGGACGCGGUGAGGCUGUUCGUGGGCCUCCCCGCGGACGUGGUGGUCUCGGACGGCCGUGGGGUGUGCCGCCCGAGGGCCGUCUCGGCGGCGCUGCGCGCGCUCAAGCUGCUCGGCGUCGACGGCGUGGAGCUGCCGGUGUCGUGGGCCGCGGUGCAGCCCGGGCCCGGGGGCUGGUUCGAGUGGGCCGGGUACCGGGCCAUCGCCGCCAUGGUCUGCGACGCGGGGCUCGACCUCCGCGUCUCGCUCCGCACCGACGGCGACGCGCUCCCUGAGUGGGUGGCCGACGCCGCGGCCGCCGACCCCGACGUCCUCUUCACCGACCGGUCCGGGCACCGCCGCGAGGGGUGCCUCUCCUUCGCCGUCGACGAGCUCCCGGUGCUCCUCGGCAAGUCGCCGCUCGAGGCCUACGAGGCCUUCUUCCGCAGCUUCGCCGACGAGUUCAACGACCUCUUGGGGUCAACCAUUACGGAUGUGACCGUGAGCCUGGGUCCCAACGGCGAGCUCCGGUACCCGUCGUACCCGCCGGGGAACAACGGCUCCGCCGACGGCUACUCCGGCGUGGGCGAGUUCCAGUGCUACGACAUGUACAUGCUGGCGCGGCUGAAGCGUCACGCCGAGUCGUCCGGGCAGCCGCUGUGGGGCCUGUCAGGCCCCCACGACGGGCCGCGGUACGACGAGUCGCCGGAGUCGUCUGCCUUCUUCCGGGAGCCGGGGGGCUCGUGGAACACCGCGUACGGGGAGUUCUUCCUGUCCUGGUACGCCGGGGAGCUCCUGGCGCACGGCGACCGCGUCCUGGCCGCGGCGUCGAGGGCGUUCGCCGGCAAGCCCGUCGAGCUGUCCGCCAAGGUGCCGCUCCUGUGCGGGUCGCGCCCGGCGGCGGAGGUCACCGCGGGGCUCCACGGCGGGUACGUCCCCGUCGCCAAGAUGUUCGCGCGGCACGGGUGCACGGUGAUCGCGUGCGGCGUGGAUGCGCGGCUCGACGCCCGGGCGGAGGAGCACCUGGCGCGGGUCAAGGCCGCCUGCGCGGAGCGCGGGGCGCGCCUCGCCGCGGAGAGCGCGCCGCUCGCCGUGGCGCGCGACGGCGCGGGCGCCACGGGCGUCUGGCUGUCCGCGGGCCGCACCCGGCCGCGCCAGUUCACGUACCAGCGGAUGGGCGCCGACUUCUUCUCGCCGGGCCACUGGCCGCUGUUCGUGCAGUUCGUGCGCGCUCUGGAGUGCCCCGAGGAGGCCCACGAGGACGACCUGCCGGGCGGCAUUGCCGGCGGCGAGCGGCUCACCGUGCCGUCGGCCUCCGCCGUGCAGGGCGACGCCAGGGCCGUGCAGACCGUGUGAAUCGACACGGCAUUAUCGCGUCUUCUAUAUGUACAUAUGCAGUAUAGGGUAUAGCACUGCUGCAAUAAUAGCAUUAUUAGUAUAGCAUGAUCCACUCAGUAGGAUUAAGCACUAAACUUUCGCUGCGAUAUGAGAUGAGUUGAUCGUUGUAUCAGCGGGAACCAUGAGCGGGAGUGGACCACUAUAUUGUACUACUCCCAUCUGUGCAUCUUUUCGUCGUGUCUAAAAUGGUGUAUCUUUUCGAAGGCUACUAAAUUGUAUUUCAUGAUCGUGAUGAUAGUGAUGAAUUGUUGUUGGCUUGUUGCCUUCAGAAGUUUGUAUACUGUGAUGUUACCUCGA